AUGGCGCCGCCUAACUGUAAAAAGACCAAGAAGAAGGGCACGAUGGCAGAACUACCCGCCUUCAAGCAGGAGCACGCCCUGAAGUAUGGAUUGAAGCUCGUCUCGUCCACGGCCGAUGGCGAUCAGAGCGUGCAGUGCAUGUUCUGCGUUUACGAAGGACGUGACAAGGUCGAGAUCACUGCCGCAUCGACCCGCAAACGCAAGGAGCGCAACAGUGUUCAUCAUUUCAAGAAGCCGUUCAGAUCCCAGAACUACGUCAGUCAUCACAAGCAGCACCAGGCGUCUUGGGAAGUGUACCAGAGCUUGUCGAUCGAGGACAAGAUGGUCUACUUCAAGGGCAAGGUCAGCAACGAGGACACGCUGCAAAAAUUCUUCGAUUCCACGACCGACACAAUCGUGUACACGAUCAAGGCGAGCAUCGUCGAGAACGUCAUUGGCGAGCUCUUCUUUCCAUCCGACCUUGUCGAAUGA